AUGCCAGACUCAAAAGAGCCCAAUCUCGCGCCGGAAAGCGCUGGCGAUGCAACUAACGCGCAACCCGACGAUUCCAUAUUAAAACUAUUACCGCCAACCGGCAGUGCCUCUGCCUCGGGACGCACCACUGGCCCAUCUGCAAUGGAGAGUAGCUACAUUGAAGCCGCGACGAUAGACCAAAGCAGAGCGGUUGACGAGACUUUGACGGAGGAAGCCGUGCGAGAACACCUCAACGAUGUCGAGUCGAGCUUCCUGCCAACACUGUCUCCUGUCGCGACGAGGACGACCUAUGAUGCAACUGGAGCCGACGAUACACUAGACACCUCUGGCAAAACAGAAGUCCAGAAUGCGGGGAAGAGAGACGAUGCUCAGCUUAGCGAAGCCGAAGAUCGCACAUCGAGCCUUGAGAAUCUGGAUUCCUCACCUACAGCUGCCGCUGCAGCUAGAACUAUUUCCAGAGCCGUUAGUAUGGCUAGCAACACUACAAAGGACAGCGGUGCUGUGGCCCGGACAGAUGACGAUGAAUACAAAGAUGACAAUGACCACUCGUUCCUCUCCGUUACAGACGACCCCUUCUUACAAUCCCAAAUAUCUGACAAGCUCGAGGCAGGCAGCACGCCUGGCAACUCCUUACGAAUUGGCAAACGAUCAAAAUAUUUGCGCAGUCGGUACGGCAGCCAGCGCUCAUCGACGUCUUCAUUCAUCACGAACCCCGAAUCGCAAGACGGCAGUGAGGCCACCGUUGGUCACGGCGUCGAUUAUGCACUGCAAUCGGGUGGUGCUGUUCCAGCUAUGGGGAUGUUACGCUCGACAAGUAAUCCUUUCCAGCGCUCGAUAAGCAUGGGCAGCAUGGUUUCCGGGUUUGGAGGCGACGAGUUCAACGACUUGCCUAGCCACCAGUUGGAUACGCUCCCUGAGGUCUCGAGCCCCGAUCGACCGAACUUCAACGAUCCUCUCAAAACUCCCAAAGCCUCUCGUGAGAACUUGAAGGCUACUGCACCCACCGAUACUGUCCUAGCUCAACAUGUCAAAAACGUCCAGGUUCCCGAAUCGUUGGCCAAAGAGUACAAAUUCAAGAAUGGCCUCCAAACACCUCGCCGUCCGUCAAACCUAACCAUUGGUACCAACACGGGGACAAUAACAAAGACUGGAAAGAACCUUACACUCAAGGAACAAAGCAGCACAAUUGAGAGGUUGUCAAAGGAGAACUUUGAUCUGAAGCUGAAGGUCAUGUUCCUUAGCGACCGUCUGGAUAAGCUGUCCGAGGAGGGGAUUAAAGAAAUGAUCUCUGAGAAUGUGGACCUUAAAACUAGCCUUGCAGUGUUGCAACGUGAUAAUAAAAUCCUUCGGAAGAGAGUCAAAGAGCUUGAAAAACAAGCCCGAGAUGAAGACAAUAGACCAGGUACGGCGUCGUCCACGGAUCAUACCUCCCGAACAAACGAUGAGGACGCCUACGAGCGAGAGCAAGAGCUUAUAUACCUGCGCGAGCGAGUCGAGGAGUACGCCACUGAAAUUGAGAGGCUCAGGAGCGAGGGUCUCAGUCGAGAAUCCGAAAAGAUGCAGCUUUUCCAAAUGGUGAAGACGCUUGGGGAACGCACUGGUAGUAAUGUUGGUGCUCCAGACGAGUCGGCUGUUUGGAGCGACCUGCUGGAGCAAGAAACCGUUCGCCGAGAGCAAGCAGACGAAGACAAUCGAAAGCUACGUGACGAAAUCUUUCAGCUCAAGAAGGAACUUUCUGGGCAAGGGAAUAUGCAACACACAACCAAUAUCUACAAUAUUUCCAAGAAACCCCGCGACGGCACGUUCUCUCCCAGUCGUCCGAUGUCUGGAUUGUCUGGAGAGACUGAUGUCCCCAGUGCCAAUGCCGGCUCUGCUGCUAAUGCUUUGGUUGAUGAACUACGACGGGAAAGCGAACAGCUCCGUCAUGAGAAUGCUGAGUUGCGGCGGGAGGUUGGCGCGCAAACCUCAAUGCUUACCUCGAGGAACCGUGAGAAGGAGCGACUCUAUCAGGAAAUUGAAGACCUCAAAAUGGCACAGCGCCGCGGUGGACCUGCUCCGUCCACCGUAGAUAGCAUAUUUGAGCGCUCAGCAUCCCGAGCAGGUGGCCAUGAAAGGUCGCAGUCACGAGGCAGUGCCCGGACUAGACAAACCUCCAUCGAAGAAGAGUCUGAACGCGAAGAGCUGGAAAACAAAUUGGCAGAGCUGCGAGACAAGAUCAGUGAAGUGAAGCUACAGAAUCAGGAAUUGCAAAGGGAGCUUGAGUCGUGCAUGAUGGACUUUGAGGCUGCGGUUGAGGGCAAGCGAGAGGCAGAAGAGAGUGCCAUGUCGUUACAGGAAGAUCUUGACACGGCCAUGAAUGAUCUCGUUGCUCUGCAAGCGGAACGAGACGAAGCCGUUCGUGAGCAGGGUGAAAUGGAGAAUGAGUUUGAGGCUUUACGCCAUGAAGCUCAGGAAGAGAUCGACGCCUUAGAAUCCGAAGCCGAUCAACGAAACGAGGAGAUUCAACGGGCUCACGCCGACUUAAGAGAUCGCUCAGAAAAUUUCGACGCCUUGCAGGAAGAGAUGCGAAAAAUGAGCGAGGCUCUUGUGCGUCUUGAAGAUGACCAGACAGGCAAAUUGCGCCGCAUACAGCAGCUGGAGGAGGAGUUGGAUUCGUCGAAUAAGGAGCUCGAGGACUUGGAACAGAAGCUGAUUGAGGCGAACGAAAAGAACCAGCGCUUCUCCAUACAGCAAGAGUCAAGUCAAGGCGAGAUUGCCUUCUUGCGCGAAGAGCAAGAGGCGGACAAGAUUCGCAUUGGAGAUCUGGAGGCCGCGAUUGCAAAUGCAGAGCAGAGUCUGCGUGAAGAAAAGGACCGGGUCAGAGAGCUGGACGGCCGCCUUCAACAGGAGCGCAUGCAGAGGGAGAUUGUUGCAGACAAAGAAAAGGAAGAAGUUCAACAGGUUGUGAAUGAAUUGAACAGGGAAGCUUCCAGUGCCAAGGACGAAGUAAGACGACUGCGUAAGAGUCUGUCGUCUCGCGAAGUUGAGGCUACCGAGUGGAAAGAGAGGCUGAUAGAGCUCGAGAAUAACCUUCGAGAAGCUUUGGGCGACCUCAAUGGCACCCGAUCUUCUCUUCUCAAGUCGAUUGCUAAGAUGCAACGCGAGCUUGAAAACACAAUUCGCGAGCUCGAUACCACAAAGGCGUCGUUGGUCGAAAAGGAUCGCAUCAUCAAACAACGAGAUGCUCUCUUGGAAUCCCAUGCUCUUGAAUCCCGCAAGAUCACCGAGUUGCUGGAGAAGGAGCGUGUCGCACACCGCAAUACCAAGGUGCAGUUCGACACAUUCCAGCGCACGCAUCAGCACCUCACGCAGACGGCCAGCACCCAAGAUGUCAGGAUUGCUGAGCUGGAGAGUACCAGGGGACAAGAUCGCAGAAAGCUGGCUCAGCUGGAGCAGUCUGCUCGUGACCAGCUGCUGGAACGCAACGAAUUGCUGCUUAAAUUGUGGCAUAAGCUCAGCGCUUUGUGCGGGCGAGAAUGGCUCAACAAUAAUACUCUUGUUGACAAGCAAGUUGUGCCAUCAGUGGAAGUUAUUGCGGCCCGACUUCCAGGCUUCUCGAAGAACCUACUCGGUGCCAUCAAGGCUAUUGAGAGCAUGUUUACAGGGCUGACUUCGAAGAUCAAAUCUGUGGAACGGGACUUGCAGCGAGAGUACCAGACGCUAGAAAAUAAUCUCGAAGUGAGAAUUAAGAAGCUGGAUCGUCUUGAAGCCCGGAUACGAAACUCAGUGGCCUCGGGAGGUCUGGCCCCCCAUGACAUGCACACCAGGAUGGCACGACUGGAGGAUGCGUAUCGGCAACUCAAGGUCGAGAACGCAACGCUUCGAACCGCCAACGAUGUGCGGAGCCGUGCGGCGCAGUCAAGUUCUGAUGGCACAUUGCCUCUGGGUAGAAGUGCUACAGGUGCAGGCUCACCUUCACCAGGCAUUCCACGAGGACCGGGAGAUCGCGAUAGGAGUAGAACUUCUCAACUGAGCCAAGGAAGGAACAGCCGCUCAGGGGGUUCAUCUCGAUCCAACACCGCUUCUGGAAUACCGCGACCAUCCUCAGGGAACUUUACCAACAUGGAGGUGGCCUUGCCCAGCGAAGGCGAGCCGGCGAACAACGACAACCGCUGGCUUCUGAGACUUCGAGAUAUGGAAUAUAAACUGAAGAUGGAACGAGAAGGUCGAAACCAGGACCGAGCAGCUGCACGACAACGGCUCGGUGGGCUUGAAAUGGAGAACAAGGAUCUCAGGGACAGAGUGAGGAGGACAAACACAGACACCGAGUAG